GGUUGCGCAUGCGUUUACAACAGAAUGUGUAGGAUCUCAGCAAAUUAACACAAUAUUCAAGGGUUUGGAAACAAUUACAGUGGUAAUAUGGGCAAAUUAAAUGUUGUAGUUUUGAGAUAUCUGUCCAGAGAUGACUUCCGUGUCCUCACAGCGGUAAGUAAAUGUCCUGUUGCCGUUUUUAUAUUUUAAUUAAGCCGUCGGGACAGUAAUAAUGUAACGUUAUACUGUACAUGGUACACCGUGCCCCACUCAAGCAGCUCUCUGGCCAUCAAUCGUUACUUAAAGUGUUGUUCAUCAUAUUGGUUUGUAACUGUGACUGAGGCUCCCUGCAGGUUGAGAUGGGGAUGAAGAACCAUGAGGUAGUUCCAGUCAGCCUCAUAUCCUCCAUCGCCAGCCUGCGUCACGGGGGCUGCAACAAGAUCCUUAGAGAGCUCGUCAAGCACAAAAUAGUGGCCUACGAGCGUACUAAGAGUAAGAGCACUUACAAUGCUUCGUUUAAACAGGAAGGGUAGUUCACCCAGAAAUCAGUUUGCCACACAUUUCCAUUCCUCAACCUGAGUCUCUGUCACCACAGUAUAUGCAUUACGGAGGAAUCUACAGGCCCCACGUGAAUAGUGUGUUGUUGCAGUGAUUGAUGUGUGUCUAUGUAUUGUCUCCAGUGGUACAUGGCUACCGUCUGAACUACGGGGGCUAUGACUACCUUGCUUUGAAGACGUUCUGCUCUAGAGAAAUACUCCUUUCUGUCGGGAACCAGAUGGGUGUGGGGAAAGAGUCAGGUAAGAACUGACCAAAAACACACACACACUCGGGUAAGAACUAACCAUCCACUCUGUCUCUAUAACACAUACACACACAGGUAACAUAGCUCACACACACAACUCACACUUAAAGGUAAUGUAGUUGGAUUUGAGUCUCUGAGUUGAAUCGGGUGUCUUCUCUAGAAGUAAGUGGUUGUAUAUUGUGUGGUGUUCCUCCUGUAGAUAUCUACAUCGUGGCCAGUCCAGAGGGGGAGCAGUACGCUCUGAAGCUCCACAGGCUGGGGAGGACCUCCUUCAGGAACCUGAAGAUCAAGAGAGACUACCACAAACACAGGAAGAACAUGUCCUGGCUCUACCUCUCACGCCUCUCGGCCAUGAAGGAGUACGCUUACAUGAAGGUACUUGGCACCGACACGCAGUGUUCAGAGGCUUGCUUCUUCUGAAAAGAAGACUCAACCCUACUGUGAGGGUGUACUGUGAGGUCCUGGUGACCAUAGAUAAUGUUAUUCAACUGCUUUAUAUCUAUGCUGUUGACAUUGUGUGUCUGACAGCUUUGUGUCUCUCCUCUCAGGCCCUGUACGAACGAGGGUUUCCUGUCCCUAAGCCCAUUGACUAUAACAGACACGCUGUUGUUAUGGAGCUCAUCAAUGGAUACCCACUGUUAGUAAAACACACACACUCUUUUUGUUUCUCUGCCCAUCUUUCUCUCUCCCCUCCCUUCUCUGUUUCUCUUCACACACCUACUUCUCCCCUCCUCUAAUUUUUCUCUUGACACACCUUUGUCUAUGUCUAUCUCUCUCGCUCUCAUUUCACGUGUGUGAUUCUAGCCCUCUGAUUGGCUGUUCUGUUUGUGGUCUGAAUGAUUGACAGCUGUCAGGUGUGUGAGCUGGAAGACCCGUCUUCCAUGUACAAUGAUAUCAUGGAGCUGAUAGUGAAGCUAGCCAAUCAUGGCCUGAUCCACGGCGACUUCAAUGAGUUUAACCUGAUGCUGGACGACCACGAUCACGUGACCAUGAUCGACUUCCCCCAGAUGGUGUCUACCACACACUUCAACGCAGAGUGGUGAGUCACAUGCACACACACUCAUACCCUGACAGACUGAUGAGCACUGCACAUGUAGAAAAGCACACCAGACACACUCAAAUACAUAGUUAGAUAAACUUUCCUGUCUUGUCUCCAGGUAUUUUGACCGGGAUGUCAAAUGUAUACGAGAUUUCUUUGCCAAAAGAUACAAUUAUGAGAGUGAGCUGUACCCAACCUUCAAAGACAUCAGGUAAUUCAGCAUGUUUACUAUUAGCUCUACCAGUGGGGCAUUUGUCAUAAAGGGAGGUAGUCAGUGUGGAGGGGAGGGAGGUAGUGUGUGAAUGGGACUCACCCUGUGUUUGUCCUCUAGACGUUCCUGUUCUCUGGACGUGGAGAUCUCAGCCAGCGGCUUCACCAAAGACUUUGAGAGAGACGCAGCCCUGCUCGAUCCUGAAGGACCAGAUGGAGAGGAUGACGACGACGACGAGGGAGAGGAAGAGGAGGAGGAGGAGGAGGAAAUGGAGAAGACUAUGGACAUGGAGGAGUAUAGGCAUGCUAUAUUGGAACUGGAGGGGCUCAAAGUCAGCGACACACAGACAGAGACACACACUGAGACAGGAGACGAGGAGGGAGGAGAACCGAGAGAGACUGAUCCAGAGGCUGUUGUGAUGGGUGGUCUUGAUGAAGCGAGAGAAAAGGAGGAAGAGGAUGUGUGUCCUGAGCUGGUCGACCUCUCCUCCUCCAACAGAGAGUUCAAACCUUUCAGGUACAGAUCACACACACUUCUACACACAACUCCAUAUCUCUUCACACACCCACGUCUCUCUCCUCUUCACAUUUCCACCUCUUUAAAUCUCCUGUAGAGUGUUAAUGUAUGUCAAUGUCUCUUUCAAAUGUGUCAUUCUCCACCACGAGUCACAUCUGACAUAUGUUUCCUUUCCUUGGUGAUCAUGUUAAAGUCCAAUGAUCUCUCCUCCACAGAGACUCAGACAGCCUGCUCCAUGUGGUUGAACACAGCAGGAGGAGGACGGACAGUGAGGCUACCGCCGGCAGUGUAGGGAGCUGCUCUACUAUACCACCGGUCAGUACACACACACUCCUACAUGAUUAAACAUGCAUACGCUGACAUGGUCACACACUCACACGCGAUCCCUCCACUAAUGUAUGUAUUGUUGUGUUGUAGGAGGUGGUUCGUGCGAAGGUGAGGAGACAGCUGAGUAAGCAGCAGAAAGCAGCUCAGAGGAGACGACUGAUGAAGGGAGAAUCUAACCUGGUCACAGCGGAGAGGAGAGAGAAUCAGAGUAACAUCAAAUCUAGUCUGGAGACUGAUGGCUUCUGGGGCUGAGAGGGACGUGCGUGUGUGAUUGAGUGUGAGUCAAGUGUGUGUGUGUGAGAACCUGGUCACAAGGACAACAGAACAUGAUGAGAACAUGAACCACAUUGGAGAGGAAAGGGACACAUUGGAAGAAGGCCUCUCUCCCAGCGACGAGCCCCCAGUGUUGAACUGUCCUGCUUUGUAUCUACUGCAGUGUGAAUACUUUCAAUAAAGACAACUUUAAUAUGAUGACAAUGAGUCCAGGUGUGUGAUCACAAUAUACGCUGAGUGCACAAAACAUUAGGAAC